UUUCGAAGACGUGUUAAAAUAAAAAUUUCCGUAAAAUGAAUCGCGAUAUAAACGCAGAAAAAUAUUCCCUACUGCAGUUAAAAGCCUGGUGUACUGCUGUAGGCAUUAAUGCGAGUGGUGCUAAGGCGUCUUUAGCUGCAAGAUUAAAUGAGCUGUCAGCCGAAGCUCGAGGAUUAUGCCCAAAAGUGGACAAGGCGGGCAAACAAAGUUGCGACAACCUAGAUGACCAGAACAAACAGGGUGAAGACAACGGCGAAAAUAACGGGGAAGACAACGGCGAUGACAACGGUGAGCAUAACGGCGAUAGCAACGGUGAGCACAACGGAGAUGGCAACGGUGAAGACAACGGCAGAGUUUUAAGGAGCGGCAAUGUACAACGGUGCGAAAUAAAUGUAUUGGCCACCAACGACGACAAUGAUGCCAUUUACAUUCAAAGGGGUGUAGCAUGUGUGCGUAGCGACACCUUCGGGAGUCGUCGAACAAGUUACGUGGUAGACAACGAAAGCUCGGUUAGCGGCACAGCUGAGAAUUUAGCAACAGUCCACGUCCACGAUGACGACGAAGCAGCAGCCCUUAAGAUUCAACUGCUGCAAAAAGAAAUACAGCUGCUUACACUACAAAAGGCUACGUUACAAAAGGACGACACAAUGGCGAGCACAAGCAAACGAGGAGACAAUAUUCCAUUUGAAACACUGAAGGAUGUCAUACCAACGUACGACGGCGGCGUUGGAUUCAGUACAUAGCGAAGUGAUGCACUACCGUGAAAUUUUCAAGGUAGACGAUGCCAUGCUGUAUGUGGCUCCGGACAGACAACUCCGAAACCAGGCAAGGCUCCAAAAUUUCACGUCGGCGAAUGAGGUGGUAAGGGCGUUCCGCUCAAUAACAUUGCCGAAACGAUUAGUAGCCAAGCAAUACACCGGAGAGCGGCUAAGGUGUUAUAAUUGCAACUGCUCUGAACAUUACGCGAAGGAUUGUAGAAAACCAAAGAGA